AUGUUUGAAGAAGCAGAAUUAAGCGGUGUAUUGUUAUUAGCUGGUCGUAAAUUGAAAGAAUUUCCGGUACAUCUUGCUAUCAAAUAUGAAAUAUCUGAUAUUAUUUCUGCUGAUCUCAGUGAUAAUCGUUUCGUACAUCUACCAUUAUGCAUCUGCGAGAUGUGUUCGAUGGAAACGUUACGGAUUCGUAAUACGGGUUUACGUUCGAUCCCUUCGGCUGUACAAUUACUUCAAUCGCUUACUUAUCUCGACUUAAGUGGUAAUCAAUUGAUGAACAUCCCAUCGGCUUUAUUUUCUAUGCCUCUACAAAUUCUGCUAUUAACGGGUAAUCGAUUGGAGUACAUUCCACGAGAAAUACGUCAACUUUCGAAUUCCUUACGUGAAUUGGAUGCAAGUUGCAAUAAAUUAAAAAGUUUACCAGCUGAUAUCGCCUUGCUAAAAUCGCUACGAGUGCUCAAUGUGCGAGAUAAUCAACUUACUCAUUUGCCUUCAGAAAUUUCACGGUUACAAUUACGAGUAUUAGAUAUAUCGCAAAAUAAACUUGGUGAAUUACCAUUUGAUUUACGGUAUAUGUGUACAUUGGUCGAUUUUCGUAUCGAUUUUAAUCCGCUUAUAGCACCACCUGCUAAACUUUGUUCAAAGGGACGUGAACAUGCUUUCAAAUGGUUGCGAUCACACGGUGAACGAUCAAUUGAUAAUACAAUGAAAACUUAUAAUCAUUCAUUUAAACGACCAACAACGAUAAAUGCAACAUUAAGAAAAGGACAACACAUAGAAAAUAUUGGUGAUGAAUUGCGUUUUGAAAGACGAUCACGUGCGACACGUUUUAAUACCGUAGGUGGUAGUGAUUCCGGUUACGCGUCAACCGUUGAUGAAAAUCGUUAUUCUCGUGAGUUUCAACCACAAGUUGGCUGUUUAUUCAAUAUUGAUGAGACUAAUCACUUACAUCAUCAUUAUCACUAUUAUCAGCAACAACAACAACAACAACAACAACAGCAACAAAAAUUAGUAUCAUCUAAUUGGGAAGCCAUUGUUGCUAUGAAUUCUGUAGGGUCAAAGGACAAUUCAACUGUGAACACUAAUGGUGACCUAUUAAAAGAAGUGAUGCAUGCAUAUGCUCAAAAGAUAGCUGCUAAUAAAACUUCAACAAAUUCAUUUGCAUCAGGCAGCUUAUCAACUUAUCAGCAACAACAUAUCACAAUCAAUCAUGAAUUAUAUUCCAAUAAUUCAAUCACAACUACUUCAUCUAUCAAUUCACAUCCAUCUACCGUAUCGUCCACUACUCAAAGACCUCAGGCUAUCGUUACACCGAUGACAGCUACCGUAAGCAGCAGUGAAUUUCCUGCUACUACCGUAAUCCAAGAAACAAUUAAGACAGAUGACAGUAAAGGACAAAAUAAUGGAAUGAUGCCUGAUAUUAAGAAUAAUAAUUCAUUUGAAGAAAAGGAAGAGAAAUUAAAUAAUCAACAUUGCACUCAAUGUUCCACAGCAAAUUCUCAACGAAAUACUAAUACUAGUAAUAUAAGUAUAAGUAUUACUAGUACUACUACUAAUGGUAGUAGUGGUAGUAAUAGUAAUAACUUUCACAAUAUUUUGGAUCAACAUAUAACAACAAUGAUCGAUGAUUCACAAUCAACAAUUAUCAAUUCAGAUUUGAUAGAAACAGAAAAAAUUGAUACCAUUAGUGCAGAUGAUGAAAAAUUUUCAUCAUUUUUAACAAGUGCCAAUCAUUCUAUUAAAACAUCAACAAAAAAUCAAAAAUCUUUGUCACCAGUUGUCGAAGAUUCAAAUUCAUCAGGUGGCAGUAGCUUUUUAAUCACAGAUUCCGUCUCAACGGUUGCAUCCAUUUUAUCAUCAACCGGAAAUGUAAACGCUUCCGAGACAACAACAUGUUUUAUCACACCGUCGGAUGUCGUAUCAUCUUCCAUUGCAACUUCAUCAGCUAAAGUUGAACAUAGCUUAUCCUCAAGCAGACCUACUGCAUCAAUCUCACGUUCAUCAACAACAAAUCAACAAUUAUCUAAUCGAACUAUCACUGAUAAACGUCAUUCUGUUUCUACUCGUCCAGCUAAUUCACGUUCAAAUGAUAAAUUAAAAUUAGCUACAAAUAAUUCAACCAGAACAUCACGUACCAGAUCACAUCGUUCACCGAUUAGUCAUGCAACAACAAUAAGUGGUACUAGUUCCAAUGUAAUUACUAGUAAUGUUGUGGAAAAUAUGCGUAAAGUUCUUGAAAGUCGUUUGAAUACAACAUUGCCAUCAGGUCGAUCACAGUUAUCUGCGUCACUUGCUGAUGGUGUUAAAUUAUGUAAUUUCGCCAAUCGAAUACGUUUACGUGCCGUACAUAGUUUGUUUACGCCAGUUUCUGAUGACUUACCAUUGUCACCGCCAAAAUGUCGACGUAACGUUGAUAGUUUCUUGGCAGCAUGUCGACGAAUCGGCGUUCCUGAGAAUUCAAUAUGCUCUUCUGCCGAUAUUUUGGAACGACGAAAUCUUCCAUUGUUAGCGAAGACUGUCUUAGCACUCAAUAAAUUUAGCUCAUCAAAUGCUAAUGUACGAACAACAACAACAGCUAGUAAAACUAAUACAAUAACAACAACAACAACAACAGCUACUAGAACUAAUACAAACAGCAGCAACAACAACAACAACAACAGCAGCAACGCACAUUCGACUUCAUAUUCAGACUAA